UUGGCCUCAUUUUCACGUUAUCUUUUCCAGCAUGGAAUAAUUCAAUCUUCAGGCUCUGAGCUCUGAGGGAAGAUUUAAGAAUGAAGUCAUCCAUCUCUUUCUGUGCCCUUCCUGAUCUGCCUUAGUACUGGCAGAGAAUAGGGUAAUGAGGCCUGUUUUGGAGAAACUUCUGGGCUCUCUGAGUGUCAGCUGUUCUCAUAAAGCCGGGGGAAGAGCCGAAGAAUCGAUAACAGAUGACGACAAGAGGAGAAACUACGGAGGGGUGUAUGUUGGCCUACCAUCUGAAGCUGUCAAUAUAGUCUCCAACCAAACAAAGACUGUACGAAAAAAUUAGAAGAAAAUAGUAUCAUGACUCAUGACCAAGAGCACCCUUAUCAAGAUCUGGAAAGAAUUUCUUCCCAUGGGACAUUGGAACGGGCACAGACAUUCUAAGAAAUUCUAAACAUUCUCCUGUUCUCCUGGCCACCCACCUUCCCCAAUAGUCUUAAGUCUAGAGUCUAGUUAAAACCGUGAGCACGUGUUGGCUGUUGUCCUAGGUAGGAAUUGGUCCAACAAUACACUCGGACGUGGAACUUUCUGUGGUACAUCUGUAACAGAUGAGCUGAUGCUGUUUGGGUCUGCUGGGCUCCGGCUAUUGUGGGCCCCCCACCACCUAUGUCCUGGCCAUGUGCCUGGCUCAUGAAGAUCAUGUCUUUUCACUGAUACUUUUUGAUAGUUUUAUAUGAUGAAAUCCUUAUUCUAUUUAUAACUUAAAACAAUAAGGCACUAUAAAUAAAUUACCAAAGGUAAUGUAUUUGUCUGUGAUCUUUCACUCUUCUUUACGUUAAUUUUCAGCUGUAAAAUUGUUCAUUUGAUUCUCACUGUGACUGCUUUCCCUUUUCCACGGCUUGAUUUUCAGUUAUUUAAAUGUCAGAAUUUCCUGCAUAGGGACGUUGUAUUACAUGGCAACAUUUAAAAAUAAACUGUGGAAACGUGCAUGCCAUUCGCAUACCUUGAUUAGCUUCCUAUCUUCGCUAGCCGAGGCUUCUGGGAUGGCCCAGGCUUCACUGGCGUCGAGCGGCCCGCGUGCCCUCGGUGUGUUCACGGCAUCUCAUCACGUUCAUUCGAUACUAUUUUUGAAGACUUGUGACUAAUGGUUAGUAGGAUGUUUGGAAAGUUCUUAAUUUGCUAAUAAGCACGUGUGUCCACUCGGUAGAGCAGUGUAAAUUUUUCAAUCAACCAGUGUAUUUCAAUAAUUAAAACAUUUAUAUCCUCU